GGUGACGUAGUGAGCGCGCCGGGCCGCGUGGAGGCGGCUCGGCGGAUGGAGGUCAGCGAGGGUGAUCGCUGCACCAGUCUCGCGUCAUGGAGAGACUGGGUUACUGACGUGGGUACCCGGGCCGGAAGAGUGGCUGGGAAGGGCAACGGAAACAAGACUGGGCAGAAUUGUUGAAAGAAACAUGGAUGUGUAGCAUGUUCUCAAUAAAGGACUUUGGAAUCACUUGUUAGGAGUCUUAGCUCCCUCCCUCUCCCACCAUCAUGGCGGUUCGCCUGAUGAAGCGGUGUACAUGCCUGUUGAGAGAAGCUACCCGCCUAGUCCCUACCAUUGCCCCAGUUGACCGAGUGAGACUUGCUAGGGUGGCCUGUAAGACUUUGACCUCCUCAGUCAGUUCCCCCUCCUCGGGUUCCUUGACGGAGCUGUUGGGAAAAGAACAAGUGUUUACUCCCUACCCAGAGCGCCAAGAGGUGGACUGCCUCAUUGAGAAAGCCACCAGGCCAGAGGAGCUGCUGGAACUACUGGGUGGCGAUUAUAGCCUGCACCACAAUCAUGCAGCCCUCAUACUCAUCCGGCUCUCUUAUCUACUGUCUGAGAAGCCAAAGGAAAAGGCCUUGAUUGUAGAGGAUGCUCGCUUUCAGCAACUUGUGAGACGGGUUGACAGUCAGGUGACUUCAAUCUGGCAUGGGACCCUCGUGAAGCUGCUGAGGAGCAUGUAUGUACUAGGGCUUCCUCAGACCUCCAAAGAGCUGCAGUCCGUGGAACAGGAAGUGCGCUGGCGUCUACGGAGGUUCAAGUACAAGCACUUGGUCUUCCUGUUUGAGUCCUGUACCUCCUUCAUGCGGGAGCAGCACUCCCAGGAGCUGCUGGCUGAGCUGCUGAUGCACCUGGAGAGGCGCUGGACAGAGAUCAAUGACAGCCGGACAGUGGUGACCAUGAUGAUGAAGGCAGGGCACCUCUCAGAGUCACUGAUGAACCACCUGGAAGACAAGUGCCUGGAGCUGGUGGAGCAGUUUGGCCCUGAUGAGCUGCGGAAGGUGUUAGUGACGCUGGCAGCACAGAGCCGGCGGUCGGUGCCCCUGCUGCGGGCCAUCUCCUACCACCUGGUACAGAAGCCCUUCCCACUGACGAAAGGCAUGCUCCUGGACCUGGCCUAUGCCUACGGUAAACUGAAUUUCCACCAGACCCAGGUGUCCCAGCGCCUGGCUGCUGACCUCUUGCCCUUCAUUCCCAGCAUGACACUUGGCGAGGUGGCCCGCUGUGCCAAGUCCUUUGCCUUCCUCAAAUGGCUGAACCUGCCCUUGUUUGAAGCCUUUACUCAGCAUCUCCUGAGCAGAGUCCAGGAUGUCUCCCUGUCCCACCUGUGCAGCAUUCUUCUCGCUUUCGCCCGUCUGAACUUUCGUCCUCAACAAGAAGAUGAGUUCUUCAACUUGGUGCAUGAGAAGCUGGACUCCAUGCUAGGAAGCCUGGAGCCAACCCUGCAGGUGGACCUGGUGUGGGCACUGUGUGUGCUGCAGCAGGUUCGAGAAGCAGAGCUGCAAACAGUUCUCCAUCCUGGACUUCACACACAAUUUCUAGGGAGCAAGUCUCCAAAGGACCAGAGUACUUUCCAGAAGUUGGUCCACAUCAACACCACCGCCCUGCUGGAACACCCUGAAUAUAAAGGCCCCUUCCUGCCGGCCUCAGCUGUAACCCUCAGUCCCUCGUCCUCUAGCAAGCAGAUGACACCUCUACAGAAGGAGCUGCGGGAGGCCCUGAAAGCAGUUAUGGGGAGCACUGACCAGGGCGGCCUGGAGGUGGUCACCCAGUAUGGCUGGGUGCUGGAUGCAGAGGUGCUCCUGGAUGCAGAUGGCCACUUUCUGCCCCUGAGAGAUUUUGUUGCUCCUCACCUUGCCCAGCCAGUAGGGAACCGGCCACUGCCCCCAGGAGCUAAAAGGAUCGCUUUCCUGCGCUGGGAGUUCCCUAACUUCAACAGCCGAAGCAAGGACUUGUUGGGCCGUUUUGUCCUGGCCCGUCGACAUGUGCUGGCUGCAGGCUUCCUGGUAGUAGAUGUCCCAUAUUAUGAAUGGCUGGAUCUCAAGUCUGAAUGGCAGAAAGGAGCCUACCUCAAGGACAAGAUGCGAAAAGCAGUGGCUGAGGAGCUAGCCAAGUGACCUUUCCCAUCAGUUCAGACUGCUUCCCGGAGACCUGACUGCUCAGUGAGCCAGCAGUGAGUGCUGGACACGCCAGAGUUGUAACCCUUAAGAGGGUGGACCAUCCCUAUAGAACCUUGGUCAGAGUAGUGAAUGGCCAGCAGCUCUAA